CAGUAUAUAACGUGAAUGAAUAGAUGUCGAGUGACACACACGACGACGACCAGGAAGUGGAGCGGGGACAGUCUGUCGAUUCACGGUGUUGUAAUUGUGAUAAUGGCGGCUGCCAAAAUAUUGACAGACAACCACCUCACCUGUGUCAUCUGUACCGAGGUGUUCACAGACCCUGCCACACUUCAGUGUAAUCACACAUUCUGUAAGUCCUGUCUGUUGAAAUACACCAACACACAGCCUGAAGCAAUACAAGCCAAGUCCAUCCCAUGUCCCUCCUGUAGACAACUGACGAAGGGGGCCACCCCUGACAGUCCAGUAGAGGAGUGGGUCAGUCAGCUGAAACCAAGCCAUGUCAUACAAGGGCUGAUGGACGACUUCGGACCAGGGAGCAAAGCGGCCCAUGUAAAUAUCUGCAGUGUUUGCAAAGUACAAGGGAAGACAACUCCUGCCAUCUCGUGGUGCUCCGUCUGUGACGAUGUCUUCUGUGAUGGAUGUCUGAAGAUGCACAACGUGAUGACGAUGUUACGUGACCAUGAAGUUGUGGAUGUGUCUGAUACCACCAAAAGAAAAGCCAAGCAACGCUUCAUGUGUAAAAUCCACAAAGACGAACAGAUUAAGUUGUUCUGUAAGGAUUGUGGGAUGGCCAUUUGUCACACAUGCUGCAGUAUAAAACACAGGAAAUGUGACGAUGUUGAUACUUUAGAUAACAUGACCCCUGUUGUCAGAGAACACCUGUCAAAUCAAAAGCACGAACUGAAAAUGAAAAUGACAACUUCAGAAAACAAAAUAAUGUUCAGGAAAUCUCAAAUUGAAGAAAUAGAGUCCAAUGCGCAAAGUAUAAAAGAUGAAAUCAGACAAUUACGUAAGAAAGUGGUAGAAGUGAUUUUACGGAAGGAGAAACAACUCCUUGAUAAAGUCGACCGAUCUUCCGAUAAACAAUUACAGGAAUUAAAAGCAGAAAUAAAAUCCCAGGAGAUUGAGCUGCAGAUGUACCAGCAACAGUAUGAGUUCACAGCCAAUGCUGUCUCGUCCAACAGUGAGAUGGACAUGUAUGCCGUCUAUGAGUCAGUGGGUGAGUCAACAGACAACAGAGACAGGGACAACCAACCAGCACCAGGAAGGGUUGUAUUUACUCACGACAUGGACAAGCUGAGUAAAGCAGUGGAUGAGCUACAGCUAGGGGAGGUUGAUGUUGUCGGUGGUGUGAGUGACCACCAGUCUACCCCUGUUCUACAUCACACUAUUGACUGUCAGGCAGAUGAUAAUGACAUUGGGGAGCCUGAAUUGUUUGACGUCACAGUGUUGACUGUUGAUGGUAUAAAAGUAACAGUAGUUGCAGAUAACAAUAACAACAGCAUCAAAACAUAUCAAACAUCAAAAUCAAACACCCUAAGUAAUCGCCUACUACUUUCCUAUAGUCCUUAUCAAAUAGCAAAGCUAAGUGAACGUCGGAUAGCUGUCAGUGUUCCGGGCAGUCAGGAAAUAGUUACAGUGGAUGUUACUCCAGAUCCUGUAUUGCUGUCAACUAUCAAAACAACUAAAAGCUACUUUGCUCUAGCCUGUCUGAGUCCUUCACAGCUGGUGGCAGGUACAAAUAGACAGUCUCACUCUGUGGACAUACUGGACAUGACAGGGAAGAUACUGAAGUCUAUCAACACGGGUGUCAUAAAGAAUCCAAACUAUAUCCAUGUCACCAGUAAUAACAACUUGAUAGUCAGUGAAGCAUCAGUAAAAUCCCUCGUAUCUGUGACCAGUGAAGGAGAAGCUGUUUUCACCUACACACCCACAAGGGACAGAGCUCUGAUGUAUCAACGGGGUAUCACAACAACCAGCACAGGAGAUAUCCUGCUUGUAGACCGCGACUCCCACAAAGGUGAUUCAGCUGACAGCGUCAGGGCAGUUUGUCAGAGAUGUCCUCACACAGCAGGAUGGGUUGGUGAUCAAGAGAAAUGCCUGUGCGUUCGUAAGAUGUCUGUCUUUGAAGCUUUUGUUGACAUGACAGGGAGGAUACUGAAGUCUAUCAACACGGGUGCCAUAGAGAAUCCAGACUGUAUCCAUGUCACCAGAAAUAACAACUUGAUAGUCAGUGAAGGAAAAGUAAAAUCCCUUGUAUCUGUGACCAGUGAAGGAGAAGCUGUUUUCACCUACACACCACCCGGGGACAGAGCUCUGAAAAGGCCAUGGGGUAUCACAACAACCAGCACAGGAGAUAUCCUGCUUGUAGACCGCGACUCCCACAAGGUGAUUCAGCUGACAGAGUCAGGGCAGUUUGUCAGAGAUGUCCUCACACAACAGGAUGGUCUGGAAUAUCCUUGUGGUAUCUGUCUUGAUGGGGACGGGUUUGUGUAUGUUACAUGUGGGCGAUAUGUAAAGGUGUUCAAAUUGAAAAAGUAAGACGUGUUUCAAAUAUACUCUUAUAAAAAGUAGGUGGAUUUUAUUUUUCAUUUACGAUUGAUAAAGCUGGGUGAUAUAUCGGAGUAAAUCAAUGUUGAUAUGAUGAUAAUGAACAUUUUAGUGUGCAUCGCCACUUGCGCUUCCUGAUGACCAUAGUUUGUACAGUAAUCGCUCUAAAAGGAUGAUUGGUGUAUGAUGUGAAAUUUGCAUGUGUACGAUUUGCAUUCAGUUGUAUGUGAUUCCAGCAAACAACUGUAUAACAGAUGCAAGAUGAUUGUCAAAAACGAUGGUCUACAGUGAUUUAUCGACUAGCUUUGAAAACCGUCAAAAUCCAGAAUGACAACCUAUGCACGUGUAUGGGGCUACUGCGUUGUGCACGUGCAUCCCAUACGUUGUGUUUAGGGUUGGUGAUCAAGAGAAAUGGCUGUGCGUUCAUAAGAUGUCUGUCUUUGAAGAUUUUGUUGACUCUUGUACUUCCUAUCUAAAUUUAAAGUUCAGGUUCCCCUGCUUUGUUUUAAGAGUAUGUGAACAUAAUUCGAUCACACAACACAAUAUCUGUUACAGGCCAACUUCAGGUACUGUUUAUGGCUUUUCAUGUCAUUCAUAAAGUUAGCACAUUGACCAAACACUGGAUCUCAUGUCUUAUAGCAAAUAGUUUUAAUCACAGAUGGGUGAGACAAACGUUGAUGAAGAAAACAGUAACAAAUAUCCAUUAUUAUCAUUUUAUUCUUCAUUUUUUCAAGGUCCAAUGUGGUUAAGUGACUCACGAACUGUCUAUCCGUAAAAUCGAAUUUAUAUGUUUUUCUGCAUUUCUAUAGGAAUGUUUAUGUAUUAUGAAUAUUCAAUAAAUAUACUGCUAAAACUCA